AUGUCAUCGAAACGCAGUAAAUAUGAACGCAGAAUUCGAUCGGCUAAACUAAAAGCCAGAUCAGAACUUGGCGACUCUCCACAUAGUUGGUAUUCUUGUAAAUAUGCGGAUAACUUCAACUUGUCUCUAAGUACUGUCCAUGAUUGUUGUCCACGUAUUGAUGCUUGCAAAGUUGCUUAUGAAGAAUUUGUAGCUGAAUAUGAACACCCUUACCAACCUGUCGUAAUUCAUAACGCUCAAACAGAUUGGAAGGCUGGUGAAAAUUGGACACUAAAGCUUUUGGAUAAAAAGUAUCACAAUGAGAGGUUCAAAUGUGGUGAAGAUGAUAAAGGUUGUCCUGUUAAAUUAAAAAUGAAGUAUUUUAUUCGAUAUAUGAAGGAAAACGAAGAUGAUAGUCCGUUGUAUAUAUUUGAUGCGAACUAUGGAGAACAUUCAAGGCGUAAAAAGUUAUUGAAUGAUUAUAUGAUAUGUCGGUAUUUCAAAGAAGAUUUAUUUUCUCUGGGUGGAGAGAAAACGCGACCUCCUUAUAGAUGGUUUGUAAUGGGUCCUCCACGUUCUGGUACGGGUAUACAUAUUGAUCCUCUUGGAACAAGUGCUUGGAAUGCACUAGUAAGAGGAUACAAAAGGUGGUGUUUGUUUCCACCGCGAACUCCAAAAGAACUGGUUAAACCGAAACCGUCUGAUGGUGGCAAGAAUCGAAACGAAGCCAUCUCUUGGUUCGUGUAUGUAUAUCCACGCACACAAGCAUCUGACUGGCCAACAGAGUAUGCCCCUCUUGAAAUACUUCAAUGUCCUGGGGAGACGGUCUUCGUUCCUGGUGGUUGGUGGCAUGUUGUUCUUAACCUAACUAACACCAUCGCUGUUACGCAAAACUUUUGCAGUUCUACUAACUUUCCUAUUGUAUGGCACAAAACUGCACGGAAAAGACCAAAAUUUGCUAAAAGGUGGUUAGCUGCUCUCAGAAUUAAUCGACCUGAUUUAGCGAAGAUCGCAGACAACAUAAAUCUCUCCGAGCACUUUCCAGAUGUCCCUUCAUCUUCAUCAUCAUCUUGUUCAUCCUCAUCUUCACGUUCCUCUUCAUAUUGCUCAACUUGCACUUCUACAAAUCAGUCUCCCGAAAAGAUGCGUCAAUCUAAUACCAGGUCCGGGCUACAUUCAGUUUCACGGUCACCAACUCCAAAGCGUAGACGAUGA